UGUCAAUAUUAUUCUGUCCACGCCCUUCUCGUGUCCCCCAUUAUUAAUGUCGUCCUUCCACAUACUCCGCUCUGUGCGGAUGUCUGCUGUCGUUCGUGAUCGUUCAGUAUACCUAUUGGAUCACUGGACACGGUCGAAUAGCCAAAAUUUAGGGAGUCUUAGCUUGCGGAGAUGGUUACACGGGUCGCAGAUACAGCGUCAUGGAAAUGUGACCAGGCCAGAUCCUGGUACUGGAAUUAAAUUGCAUUUCAAAGAUUCGAAGGGUAAAUUGUUGAAGACCAUCGAAGCGAACGAGGGAGAUGAUAUCCUAUCACUUGCGCAUGAACAUGAUAUCGAUCUAGAAGGCGCAUGUGAAGGGUCAGUUGCUUGUUCGACGUGUCAUGUUGUUCUCUCGCCCGAGCAUUAUGAUUUACUCCCCGAGCCAUCUGACGAUGAAAAUGACAUGCUCGAUAUGGCGUUCGGUUUAACUGACACUAGUCGACUCGGGUGUCAAGUGCAUGUAACUCGCGAGAUGGACGAAAUGACAGCGACACUGCCUAGUGCGACAAGGAACAUGUUUGUGGAUGGGAAGAAGCCCACGCAUCAUUGAUAGUGAAUCAUGGAUAUAUCCUUACGUAUCAAAAAAUCACACUGCUGACAAGACAUCCGUGCUUUGUGGAGGCCACGAAGGUCUGGUCUUUCACAGGUAUUUAUGAAUUAGUCAACGUCGCGACGAUAAUCAAGUACUGUUAAGAUACCGGUGUCCUU